CAUGAUAACCUGACCUGCGUGACAGACAGCAGCUGCGAUAGUUAUGAACUACAGUUGAGAGCAGUCUACAAAUUUUUUUUGUGUGAGUUUAUUAACACUACAUGGGCUGUGGUGUUUUAUAUUUACGUCACCUACCUACACAUCUUCAAACAGAUGAGAAACAAGAGUGGUAGCGUCAGAUUAGCAUAGCUAUUACCGUCACGCAUCAUCAUCUCCAGGGACAUCCUGCUGUACAAGAACAGGUCUUGCAUGAGGUUGCUGUUUGAUCACUGAAGCAAUGGCCAGUCCUAAUGAUCUACAGUUCCAAGAGUUUGAGGAAGCAGCAGAGCUGUUGUCUGCAGACCCGGGAGCCUCUACACUCAGUAUGUCUGCCUCAAACACCAGCACGACAGCAGCAGGAGGAGUAGGAGGAGAAAGAGAAAGAGGGGAGGAUGUUAAACUAGACCUCUCAGAGGAUGAGGAGGGUCAGGAGGAGAGUUCAGAGCUGUUAGGAGGACAGAAACCAACUGGUGGCUUCUGGACCUUUGGGUAUUAUCAAUCUUUCUUCAAUGUGGACACAGUGCAGGUAUUGGACAGAGUUAAGGGGUCAGUGAUGCCAUUACCUGGAAGAAACUUUAUUAAACACCACCUAAGGAGUAACCCUGAUCUCUAUGGUCCAUUCUGGAUCUGUGUGACACUGGUGUUCUCAGUAGCAAUCAGUGGGAACUUGUCCACCUUCCUCAGUGAGAUGGGAAACCCUUCCUACCACUACAGACCACAGUUCCACAGAGUCACGAUAGCUGCAGUAGUGAUCUUCAUGUAUGCCUGGCUCGUGCCAAUUGGUUUAUGGGGUUUCUUGACCUGGCGUCAAGGGGCUGAGAGACAGAUUGGAGGCUAUUCAUUUCUGGAGACUGUGUGCGUCUAUGGCUACUCCCUCUUCAUUUAUAUUCCAACCUCGGUAUUGUGGAUCAUUCCAUUUGAGUGGUUGCGCUGGACACUGAUCCUGGUUGCCAUGGUGAUCUCUGGCUCCGUACUGGUCCUCACCUUCUGGCCUGUUGUCUGUGAUGACACCAAGGUGAUGGCAGUGGCAACAGUUGUGACCAUAGUGGUUUUGCACACGCUGCUGGCUAUUGGCUGUAAGAUGUACUUCUUCCAGACAGCAUUUUAUGUACCAACACCGCCCCCCACAACACCCCCAUUUCACAUAACAAUGACAACCAAACACUACUGACCAAUAGGAAGGAGGAAAAGUACUGGCCAGGAUAAAGGAAAUGAAUGAUGUUUCUGUAGUGUUUGGAAUCACACGCAUUUAUAAAACCACAUAUAGACAAGCUGUUGGAGGCAAUGUUGAUUCUUGCCAUUGUGUGAUCAGUGCUUGCAUGAUGAAGUGCUGUAAUGGGGUGUGUGUAUUGUUGUUUAUGUAAUUUAUCUUGAUGGUGUUCCACUGUGACUGUAGUAGCAUUUGUUCACUGCAAUAAUUGUACAUUUUUACUGUGAUGUUUCAGGAUGUGGUGCAUUGUAUACGUCUAGCAUGACUUUUUUUUUUUAAGUCUCUUUAUUGAGUUUUUGAGGACAGAUAAUGUGCAUAUUCCAGAGGCAGCAAUCUAAAUGCCACACAAAGGCAACAUUAAGUAAUGUCCAGUGGAGACAAAUAUAGAGAACAAUAAAGUGACAAACCAUAAAUAUAAAAAACAAAACAAAAACAAACAAACAAAAAACAACACAUACACACUUUGGCAACCGCAGUCUUAUCUAAAAAUGAGGAUGUGAUGCACCAUGGAUAGGCCCUAAUCACCUCUAACGUCAAGCAAACAGGUUAUGAGUCAAUUCACUUCUGCUUGGUUGCAGACCAUUUGUCGAGAAAUGGUUUCCAGAUUAUCAGGAAGAUUUUUUUCCUUGUUGGCAAGUUUAUAUCGAAGGCUUACUAUAUGAAUCACAUUGCCAAGUUCCCUUAGCCAUUGGUAGCCAUAAAUCUCCAGUAGUGGCAAUAUUUUUGUCUUUCCAGAAAUUGGAUCAGCCAGACCUGGAGGAAAAGCAUGGUUUUUGCAGAUAGGGCUAUCUAUGUAUACUGUGGAUUAAAUUCAGAAAGGACUCAA